AGUCCUCUAGGCGCGCGCGCCUCGCCCGUCCGCCGCGCGCAUGCGCAGAUCUGCUAGCGAGGGCGGAAGUGAGCAGCUGCUGCGCCGAGGUGGGGGCCGCAGCUCUCGCUGUGGGGUGGGCGAGCGGCCGACAUGGCGCUCUCCGGGAGUCUCGUGGCUCCGCUGGCAGCCCUGGUGGUGCUGCUUUGGGGGGCCUCGUGUACCCACGGGCGGCGGAGCGACGUGCGCAUCAUCACUGACGAGAACUGGAAAGAGUUGUUGGAAGGGGAGUGGAUGAUAGAAUUUUACGCGCCCUGGUGUCCUGCUUGUCAGAAUCUUCAACCAGAAUGGGAAAGUUUUGCUGAGUGGGGAGAAGAUCUUGAGGUCAAUGUUGCCAAAGUAGAUGUCACAGAACAGCCAGGACUGAGUGGACGAUUUAUCAUAACUGCUCUUCCUACUAUUUAUCAUUGUAAAGAUGGUGAAUUCAGGCGCUAUCAGGGACCAAGGACUAAGAAGGACUUCAUAAACUACAUAAGUGAAAAAGAAUGGAAGAAUAUUGAACCAGUUUCAACAUGGUUUGGUCCAGGUUCUAUUCUGAUGAGUAGUAUGUCAGCACUCUUUCAGCUGUCUAUGUGGAUCAGGACUUGCCAUAACUAUUUUAUUGAAGACCUUGGAUUACCAGUUUGGGGAUCAUAUGCCGUUUUUGCUUUAGCAACUCUGCUUUCAGGAUUAUUAUUAGGACUUUGUAUGAUAUUUGUAGCAGAUUGCCUUUGUCCUUCAAAAAGGCGCAGACCCCAACCCUACCCUUCCAAAAAAAUAUUACCAGAAUCUUCUCAACCUUUGAAAAAAGUGGAGGAAGAACAAGAGGCUGAUGAUGAAGAUGUUUCAGAAGAGGAAACUGAAAAUAAAGAAGGAAUAAAGAAAGACUUUCCCCAGAAUGCCAUAAGACAACGUUCUGUGGGUUCUUCAUUAGCCACAGAUAAAUCCUAGUUAAUUUUUAUAAAUAACUUAAUAUGAUUUUGACAGAAAUAGAAGAUUUAUCAUUUCUUUUGGUUUGAAGUGAACUGUGACUUGCUUGUGCAUUGCAGAGUUCAGUCUAGAUGUCAUUUGAUUGAACAGUCUGCUUUUAGAAAAUAAAAGCACCACCUAAAAAUGUUGGAAGUAGGAUUUAAGUACAGUAUAGUGAUUUAAACCUUUAAUUUUUGAAAAUCUGGUGCCAAGCAAUAAGAUUUGUGUAUGUUUGUUUUAUAAUCUGUUUCAAGUUUGAAUUGAAAAAUUUCAUUUCCCAAGUAUUGCAUUAUCGAGAUAUUUAAGGAGAUUAUUUUAGAGAAAAGGAUUUCUCAUAUGAUAUAAUUUUCUCAGUUUCACUGUGUGAAAAAGACAUUUCCCAUAAAUGGGAGCUUUUCCCAUUGUUUCAAGAAAUGUGUAUUUCAAUAACAACUCUGUGGUCCUUUUAGAAAUAUAGUAAAAGUUUCCUUAUUUUUAGAUUAUGUAACUAAUUAAAAACUAUCUUUAAUUAGUUUUCUACACAUGCUAAUGCUAAUACAUGCUCUACUGUAGGAUGUGCUACUGAUUUAGGAAGUUUUUGUAAGUUCAUGGUGUUGUCUUGAUUCCUCUAAAGGUUGGUUGCCUGCCUUCUAUGCUGAGUGUAUGGUUUGUGUUUUUCUUACUUAUAAUGGGUUGUAGUUUUCAUUUUCUAAUUUAGAUAAUUUCCUGGAAAUACAUUCAUAUUUUAAUAAAUAGUAUUUUUUGUUUGUUUCUUUCAAACUGAGGUUUACUUGAGGGAUCCUUAAAAUCAAAGAGCUGUCACUGAUAAUUUGAAAUUUUGGCCCCUGUUUCAGAUUUUCUGUCAUUCUUGUUGAAGCGCUACUUGAACUUUUUCAUUUUUAUUUCUGACUAUGAAGACAGGACAUUCCUGAUUUUUUUAAUUUGAUGUGAAAAAGCGUUUGUUGUUAUUUUACAUUUUGGAAAUGCACAGAAGUUUAAUUUGAUAUAAAAUAAACUGCAUUCUACUCAGGAAAAAGUAUCUUAAGAGUAUAUGUAUUCAAUAUAUAUUAACGUAUAUAGAAAGUUCUUAAUUGAUUUUACAAAGUCAGUGUGUGCUUGAUGUUUUAAAAUCAUAUUCUUAUGUUUUUGAAAAGAAACUCCAUGUUCUGUUGUGCUUCCUGUUGUGUGGUACUUCAUAGGUAUAAUCAGCAGGAUGGGACAUUUAAUAUUUUUGCUCCUUAAUGAGUUAGAGUACUGAGUUUAUAUGUUACAGCAAAGAAAGGGAGAUUGGGCAAUAGAGAACUGUAUUAGCUAUUAGGAGGGGAAACCCAUAAAUAUACAUAAUGAAUCACCUGCCUAUUAUGUAGUCUACAAUAUCUUUAACGUGUCCCAUUUUGUCUAGAUUUUGCUGCUGUGUGAAUUCAUUAGACUUAACAGUAUCAUAAUGUACAACAGUUUUAAAGACCUCUCCUUUAGAAUAUUAAAUAUUCUACCAUUGAAGAAGAGUUUGGAUGUGUAAUAAUUUUGUGAUGCUUUAGAAGAAAUAUCUUAAGCACAAAAUAAAUUUUUCUAAGCACUUCACUAAAGCUGAAGCCAAGGGUGAUUUCUAGUUGCAUAUUUAUAAAUGACUAUUUUGUAUUUAACAAUGUUCAAGUUAAUAGAUAUCACCAUAUGUGUUCUUGGUCUGUAGUCAAAAGGCUAGAGUAAAACACAUUUUCUGACUGAAGAAAAUAGUCCUCAUUGAUU